AUGGUCUUGGGCCACUCCCUCAAAGACCGAGGCGCCAAAGCUCCCCUGGUGGCCUUUAUCCUCGUCGACAAACUAUCCUCAGACACGAUCAACGAGCUCCGGACGGUGUAUGACCAAGUGGUGCCUGUCCAGCAAAUCACCAACAAGAACCCUGCAAAUCUCUACCUGAUGAAUCGACCGGACCUGAUAUCCUCCUUCACCAAGAUCGAGCUAUGGCGUCAAACACAGUUCAAGAGAAUUGUAUACUUGGAUGCAGACAUGGUGGCUCUCCGAGCUCCCAACGAGCUCCUCAGCAUCGAUGCAGACUUCGCCGCCGUGCCGGAUAUUGGCUGGCCGGACUGCUUCAACAGCGGCAUGAUGGUCCUGAAUCCCAACAUGUCGGAUUACUACGCGCUGUAUGCGCUGGCGCAGCGCGGCGUCAGCUUCGACGGAGCCGAUCAAGGCCUACUCAACAUGCACUUCCGCGAGUGGGAAAGACUGAGCUUUGUCUACAACUGCACGCCGAGUGGUCACUACCAAUACGUCCCCGCCUACCGACAUUUCCAGAGCAGUAUUGCCGUCGUACAUUUCAUCGGUGCAGACAAACCGUGGACAUUGGGCAGAGACAACCGCAUGAACACGGGCGUCUAUGGUGAACUGUUGGGAAUGUGGUGGUCUGUCUUUGAUCGGCAUUAUCGUCCAAAGGCGGUCCAUUACUACGAUGCCCAGACUUUCGAUUCCAAGAAGACCGUCCAUGAUUAUGUUCGAGGUGAAGAACCACUCUAUGUCGUCGACUACCCAUCUCGAGAUCCAGCACCAGCAUCGGCUCCACCUGAGUACCAUCAUCAGCCCGAGCAGCACCAUCAUCCGGAACCGCAUCACCAGCAGCCGUCGUCAGAUCAGACGUCUCAGCCACCUGAGACCCAUGUACAACCUGAGCAACCUGAACACACCUCGACUCUAGAGCUGCCACUGGGCGACGCACCUACUCCACAGGGCCCACAAGAUUUCCACCCUGUGCCCACGAGCGAGCAAAGGCGAUUCUCAGCUCCCCAUACAGAAUGGGACCCGGCACGCAGAGCACCGCCACCGGCCCAUUCGAAACCAGAAGCGGAAAACUUCCCUACAACAAUCUAUGACAUGUCGAGCGAGACUUCGCUUUUCCAGCCACCUGCUCAUUACCCCGAAGCACCAAAGGAUAUGUGGUAUCAAGUACCCGAAAAGGCACCUGAGCCCGAGAAACCCAAACACAUCUUCCCGUGGGAGUCGAGAGCUCCCAAGCCGACACGAGUAUUUCCCCAGGCCAGGCAACCGAGCCCACCUCCGCCGCCGCCUCCUUCGGAGCCAGUAACUUCCGUGCCCGACGAACCGCCGACGGAAUUAGAGCCUGCCGAUGUCGAGGAAGCCAGCAAGGAAGGUGUGCCCAUCUCACCUCCUCUGUCACCACCGGACCCAAUCAAUGUCUGGGAGACUUUCCAACAAAGGACGAACGCAUGGGACGACAUGCCCGAAAUUGAGCGCUAUGUCCAGGCCAUGAGCCAACCUCGCAAAGGAAGGCUACAGGUCUUGUACAACACACUUGGCCAACGCUCUCCUCGCAGCUCCAGCGGCGCCACCACUCCGACGGAUAGAAGUCGACGACGACCAAGCCUGAAACUCACCGACUUCCCCACCAAGGACGAGAGACCGAGCUUACCUGUGACCCCAGCACCGAUUCGACGACCUACAUUCUGGGGUGGUGACAAAGAGGAUGAAGGAACCCUGCCCGCGGCCGAAGGAGUACCAAAGCAAGAAGAAUGGAAUCCCAUCGCAAAACUUGAAGAACUUCAAAGGCGACAAAGCGAGGCACUGCUGUCGCCAACGGGGACGCGGGAGCUGGGGGACGUGCCGGAGCCGCCGCCGAGAAAGAUGCCCGAGAGUUCGAGUAAAGAGGAGGCGGUGGAAGCGACGAUAUCACAUUUAUCGCCCACAAAAAUACCGAAGGUGCCGAAACCCAUUCUCAAGACACCGCAGUUCGAACUGGGGCAAGAGCAAGUGCCGUCGCCGGCCCAGCAGCCUCAGGAUGUGGCGCACGAAAACCCGACUGUUGCGGUCGAGCCUUUACCUAGUACAAUUAUUCAACCGAUAGAGGAAUUGAGUCCUUCAGCAGAUGAACCAGCUGCUUUGGAGGAUAUUGGUUCCAAACCAACAGCACCAGCGCUGGCGGCCACGAACGCCUAG